CCUACAGCGAAAACUAUGCUUUUCAAGAAGGCCAUUUCCAUUUUCCCCUGUUUCAAUUUGUACCAGUGCUAAGCUAAUGAUGGUGUUCACUUACCAAUAAAUAAAGUCAGAUCACAAACAAUCACGGCCCAAAAAUUUCUUGACUAAAAGACUAGGAUUGGAUUAACCUUUAACAAACUGCUUUUGCACGUUAAUUACUCUCUCCCACCAGUGUAAAUAAGCGCCCUGAAACACUGUCGAGAGGGCUAUUUUCCCCAGCUUCCAUUAGAAGUCCCAUCAUGCCAGCUGCUAGCUGUUUCCGUCAUCACUAUCUUUAUCUUUCCUUCAUUGACAAUCUUGUAUAACUGCAGAUUCUGUAAUGGGAUUCUCUCAGAGUAUUGGCAUGUAAAUAAUCCUCUGUUUUCUCUGAUAAGAGGAUUACAACAGAGUCGAAUGUCUGAUCAGAAAACAAGGCUCAUGAGUGACCAUUUAUCAAAACCAACCUCAAUUUUUGGUUUGCGGUUAUGGGUAGUUCUUGGUGUGUGUGUAGGGGCAGCCUUUGUGCUGGUUCUUUUCCUUAUUACUCUAUGGCUCGCUUCAAAGCGUUCCAAGACUAAGAGUAUUAACAAACCCAAAAUCCCAGUUGUCUCCAAAGAGAUCCAGGAAAUCAGAGUCGAACCCAUCAAACAACACAGGGCUCAAAUCCAAACCCACACGUUUCCCGACCCGGAGAUUGCCGCCGGAAAUGAAAGGCAAGCUUUGUUGCUUAUGCCUCCGGAGGAGGAGAGUCCAAUAGGAUAUCAUGGGGUUCAGAUUGAGACUGGCAAAGGGCAUUUGAUUUCCUAUCCUCGCUCUUCUGGAGAGGCGCCACGUGGCGGAGGAGGCAGCGGCUGCGGUGUUGAUCAGAUUGCUAUGGUAGGCCCUGAUGUUUCACAUUUGGGGUGGGGCCAUUGGUAUACUUUGAGAGAGCUGGAGGCAUCCACCAAUGGGUUUGCUGAUGAGAAUGUGAUCGGCGAGGGAGGGUAUGGGAUAGUCUACCACGGUGUUUUAGAGGAUAACACUCAGGUAGCUGUCAAGAACUUGCUUAAUGACAGGGGACAGGCUGAGAGGGAAUUCAAAGUUGAAGUGGAAGCCAUUGGAAGAGUCCGGCACAAAAACCUAGCAAGACUGCUUGGCUAUUGUGCUGAAGGAUCUCAUAGGAUGCUGGUGUACGAGUAUGUGAACAACGGGAACUUGGAACAGUGGCUUCAUGGGGAUGUAGGGCCUCGCAGUCCUCUUACUUGGGAAAUAAGAAUGAACAUUGUCUUGGGAACUGCAAAAGGAUUAACCUACCUUCAUGAGGGACUCGAACCAAAAAUAAUUCACCGUGAUGUAAAAUCGAGCAACAUUCUGCUUGACAAGCUGUGGAAUCCUAAAGUUUCAGACUUUGGCCUUGCCAAGCUCCUUUACUCGGAGAGCAGCUAUAUUACAACCCGUGUAAUGGGAACAUUUGGCUAUGUAGCUCCUGAGUAUGCGAGUACAGGCAUGUUGAAUGAAAGGAAUGAUGUGUAUAGCUUUGGAAUUCUUAUUAUGGAAAUUAUUUCAGGGAGGAACCCAGUUGAUUAUAGCCGGCCUCCAGAAGAGGUCAACUUAGUUGAGUGGCUUAAGAAGAAGGUCGCUGAAAGGAAUCCAGAGGGGGUAUUGGAUCCUAAGUUACCAGAGAAGCCUUCUUCAAGGGCACUAAAGAGGGCUCUUCUUGUAGCUUUACGUUGUGUGGACUCAAAUGCACAGAAGAGGCCAAAAAUGGGACAUGUUGUACAUAUGCUUGAAGCUGAUGAGUUCCCAUCGAGAGAUGAUCGCAGAGGCAGAAGAGAUCCAAGAAGCACACUAUCCGAAAAUGCUGAUGGAUCGAUGAAGAAGCCUGUAACAAAAUCAGGUGACAGAGCUAGUGCAAGAAACAAAAGCACUGAAGAGAUUUAACUGAACAGGUUCCCAGUGGAUUGCAAAUAUUGUAUUGCCUGCUGCAGCUCCAUUUAGAUUGGCUGGCCUACUCUAUAGUGAAGUGACUUUGUGGCCAUCACACAUAGACAUACUAAUGUAUCAUCCUUCAUUGCAAGAUUGAAGUCAAGGCUCCUGUGGUUGGGAACUGUUGUCCCUGGGAGCUCUGAGCAAAAGUUGUGCCAUGUAAUUCAUAGUUGCAUUGCUGCUUAAUUCAUAGUUAAAUAAAACCUGUCAUAUAUUAUAAGUUCAGAUUUUAGAUAA